CGGCUCCUCCUCCGCGCCUGGCGGGGUGGCGGCGGCCUCCCUCCACUACACAGGUCCCAGGAAGAGGAGCAGGAGGAGGAGGAAACGCGGGGGGCCGGGCGGCUCCCAGGGUGCAGCGGCGCGGCCCCAGCAUGGAGCCCAACGUGCGCUUCUGGAUCACGGAACGCCAAUCUUUUAUUCAGAGAUUCGUUCAGUGGACAGAGUUAUUGGAUCCUACAAAUUUGGUCGUUUCAAUUGAAAAAAUAGAAAAAUCAAGGCAACUAUUGUUAACAAAUGAAGAUGCAUUCAUACAUGACUUGGAGGACCGAAGGGUACAAGAAGCUUGGAAGAGAAGUCUUUCAACAGUGCAUCCUGACAACAGCAAACUGAUCCCCGUUCCUUUUCGACCUGCAGCUCUCCUACCUUUCACGGCACCCAUGAUCUUUUUGUCGAUGCUGUCGGUGAAAAGUCUGAAGUCCCUGAUUUUACCUCAGGUUUCCUUCUACACCUACACUACGGCAUUCAACAUUGUCAACGGAAAUGCAAGUUAUAAUCGUCGCCCACAUGAGAGUCUAUUACUAGGGACAGGAGUAAUUGCUUCUUCAUCCUUUUUUGGAUUACUCCCUCAUUUGCUCCAGAUGCGGCUGAAUAACAUGUUGUUGAAAAAAGCCCUUCCCAUCAUCAUUCUGACCCACGUCAGUGCCAUGAAUGUUGUUGCAGCCCGAAGCCUUGAGCCCAUUCGAGGGAUUGAAGUCAUGGACAAGGAAGGCAAUGUCAUGGGCUAUUCCAGAAAAGCCGGGACAAAGGCCGUUAAAGACACGGCGACAUCCAGAAUCGUGCUGUUUGGGACCUCCGCUUUUAUCCCUGAAGUCUUCUCCCACUUUUUCAUAAGGACCCAGUUUUUCCGGCAAUAUCCAUGGUCAUUAUGGACCUUCAAGCUGUCUUGUACUGUCUUAGUAAUGGGACUGAUGGUGCCAGUUUCUUUUAGUAUGUACCCACAAAUUGAACGGAUACAGUGCAAUAAGCUUGAAAAGGAAAUUCAGUCCGCAACAGAAGAAACGGAACUCUUCUAUAACAGAGGGGUAUAGGGAUGAGUUUUUGGUGAAUUUGUUCUGUUCCUGCUUGAACGCCUUCCUCUCUGCUCGAGGUGUCUGUUCCGAGGACUCUGCCAGGGGUCUGGAACCCGAGGUGUCUGUGCCCCCCAGGAUGGUUUACAAUUGCACAGGCCAGCGCCCUUUUCAGGCAGGUGCCUGGGGUUUCAAGCCUGGAUGAAAGUUCUGAGAAACAAGAGGCUGUCCUGUCUGGUCCACCCCCAUGGGGUUGCUGAGGGGAUGGGUGAUAGAAGAUUCGAUUCUCUAGGUGUUUGUUCAUCGGCCUCUGAAGGGAUACUGUGAAAUUACUAAUAAACUUAUUAAAAGUUGA